UGCAGAUGAAAAUCUUUAAAUAGAGAAAACAUAUUGUAGAUUGAACAAAUAGGACUGAUCUCAAACUCGUAUAAUUACAUAAUGACAACUGACAAUAUUAUUGAUUUUCUUUUAUAACAUAUGCAAACUCGCCUUCCAUAUUGUGACGUCACGUGAUACAGUGAGAAAAGUGUUGAAUGAGAAAAGCCUUACAAAUACACAAAUGACUUGAGAGGGACAUACAAAUUUCUGUUGACAAUUUUUUCCGUAGGGACAUAAUGCCGUUAUUCGGAAAGAAGAAUGACGGUGAAAAGAAACACCCAGGGAAAGAAUCGGACAUUAAAAGGAGAUACGAGUUUAAGAAAAAGCUCGGAACUGGUGCCUUCUCAGAAGUAUUCUUAGUAGAAGAUAAAACUCACGCUGGAACGUUACAAGCCGUCAAAUGUAUUGAUAGGAAAGGUUUACUGGGCAAAGAAGACUCACUGGAGAAUGAAAUCAGAGUUCUACAGAGGUUGGAUCACCCAAACAUUGUAAAACUGCUUGAUGUUUUUGAAGACAAAUCACAUGUAUACUUAAUUAUGGAAUUAGUGACUGGUGGUGAGUUGUUUGACAGAAUUGUAGAAAAAGGAAGUUAUACAGAAAAAGAUGCUAGUGAUUUGAUACGUCAGAUUCUGGAAGCUGUGGAUUAUAUGCAUGAUAGAGGAGUUGUACAUCGAGAUUUAAAGCCUGAAAACCUAUUGUAUCACAGUGCUGAUGAAGACUCCAAAAUAAUGAUCAGUGAUUUUGGUUUAUCAAAGACAGAAGAAUCGGGAACCAUGGCAACCGCCUGUGGAACACCAGGAUAUGUGGCUCCUGAGGUAUUAGCACAGUUACCUUAUGGUAAAGAGGUGGAUUGCUGGUCAAUAGGAGUAAUAGCUUAUAUUUUAUUGUGUGGGUAUCCACCAUUUUAUGAUGAAAAUGAUUCAGUCCUAUUUCAACAGAUAUUAAAAGCAGAAUAUGAAUUUGAUUCACCGUACUGGGAUGACAUAUCAGAAUCAGCAAAAGAAUUUAUAAGAAAUUUAAUGUGUAAGGAUGCUAAGAAGAGAUUUACUUGCAAGUCAGCUAUAGCAUUUCCAUGGAUAUCUGGAAAUACAGCCUUAGACAAAGAUAUCCAUGCUUCUGUUAGUGAAAAUAUUAAGAAGAAUUUUGCAAAGACCAAGUGGAAGCAAGCCUUUAACGCAACAGCUGUGAUUAGACAGAUGAAGAAAUUAGCAAUGAAUAAGGAGGACCAUUCUCAAUCACCACACAGACCAACAGCAUCGGCCAGUCUCCACACUUAGUUGUCUCCCUUUAAGACUGUGGCAUAUUUUCAUGUUUAACAAGACUGCAGUCCGAUGUGUUAUUCCAGUGAAGUUUGGAUCACAAUCUGCAGGUGUCUGGGACCAUAUGAUAAGUCAUGUGACUGUCUUUAUUGCUUUGGUGCAGAUAUGAUGAGUUAUGUUGACGUAUUGGUAAUGCAUACAUGUACUGUGUAUUUAUCAUAUUUAUUUAUGACCUGUUUAAGUUAAUAUUAAAAAAAUCCAUUUAAAAAUUAUGUAUAAGUUUCCAGAUUUUAAGAACAAUUUGCUUUAGAUUAUUUUAAGUGUCUUUCAGCAUUUGAAAGAAAAAUGUGUUGGGUCUGCCAUUUUGUUUAAACAGAGUUCUGAACCAGAAAUAACCAUUGAUUGUUAAUUGGCAUAUAUGAACACAGCCUGCAUAUAAAAAACACAGGUCAAUAUAAGUUAAAUGGGGGCAGAAACAGAACUUCGUCCUCUAGAAAUUGUUGUUUAAGUCUCCUGAUAGAGACAUAGACUUGUUUGUUUGCUCAUGUUGUUUCCCCCAUGACUUUUAUUACCUUAUCUUGCUUGCAGGUUUCUUCUUUUAAGUUGUUAAAAGUUAGUUAUAUACCCCUACAUGUCUAUACAAUGUUUAGAUGACUAUGUAUAUGCGAUGGUUGACCCUUAAUUUGUAUUCAGUGGUUAGAUGAUCCAUAUGUGUAUACAAUGGUUGACCCUACAUGUAUAUUCUUCAAUGGUUAGAUGACCCUACAUGUGGAUACAAUAUGUAGAUGAACCUACAUGUGUAUGUUAUUGUUUACCCUACAUGUGUAUACAAUGGUUAGAUGACCCUACAUGUGUUUGUUAUGGUUUACCCUACAUGUGUAUACAAUGGUUAGAUGACCCAUAUGUGUAUACAUAUUUAGAUGACCCUACAUGUGUUUGUUAUGGUUUACCCUACAUGUGUAUACAAUGAUUAGAUGACCCACAUGUGUAUACAUAUUUAGAUGACCCUACUUGUGUAUACUAUGGUUGAACCUACAUGUGUAUAUAAAUCUUCAGUCCAGUAUUAAAUCUGUGUAGGUUUAUACAUUCCCAUUGCUUGGACAAAACCUCACAAGACCAGUAUUUCAUAAAUGGUUUUAAGAAAUAAAGGGGUCUAAGGAACUGAAAGGGAUUUAUGUCUAAAAUUUAACUUAUAGUCAGAAUACCAUACUAUUGUUCAAUCGAAUUUCUCCCAAGUAAAUACUUUUGUAUUGGAAUCAUCAAAGCAUUGAUGUAGCUAAAUUAAUUUUUAAGAUGCAUGUAUUUUUCAGUAAUUUAUUGCAUGUUUUACAGCUUUUUACAAUACUGUCCAUGUCAACAUUAUUAAAUCAUGCUCAACUUCCCCAAUAUCUACUUGCUGCUUGUGUAUCCUGCUGCAUAAAUUUAGUGUAGGCCAUUUUUCAACAUCAUAUUAUAGAAGUAAACAUUUAUUACUUGAAAGUAAAAAAACAUUUCAGUUUUGCAGAUGUGUUGUACAGUGUAAAUAAAAUAAAAAAUGGCCCUUUUCUGUCUCUUAUAUGUCUAUUGUCUUGAACCAGUAACAUUGACAUUUCAGUAUUGUGUAUCUCAUUUUACACUUGACGAGUGAUUGCUCAUGAUUAUUUUUAGUGUAUAUCUUCUUAGAGAUUUUAUUCCAAUCACUAAAUAUCUGUUUUUACUGUGACCAACAAAUGCUCCCUUAGUGUAAACACUGCACACGUUAGAUGUAGGGUAAGAGGGGUCCUGAUCCCAAUUUCCUGGGCUUAAAAACAUGAAAUCCAGAGGGCCCAAAUUUUAAAUAAAUUUAAAAUCCGACAUCCUGAAAUUCGAAAAAAAAGAAUUCCCCAGAUCCCAAAACGAUCAAUCCCGAAAUCCUAAGCUUAAAAACACCGGAUCCAGGAGUCCCAAUUAAGGUCCAAUCCCCUCUCAUGUUAAAGUAAAUAAAAAACAUUGUUUUUUUUUUAGAUACAUGAAUUAUGAAUUAACAGUGUUGAAACAUCAGAUAUGUAAACAGAAUCUAGUAAUGUUUGCUCAUUCAUAAGCACUCUUCAUGAAAUAUAAACAAGAAUAACCCCACCUACAUAGAUUUAAUAUAUAUCUGUAAAAUGUUUACAAUUUUUAUUUAUAACAAGGGACAGCUUUACAGCACUUGCCAAAGCGUGAUAUUUACAAUUUCAAUCAGGAUCUUAUCUGUUACCGGUAAUAAUAAACCUGUUUUUUUUUAGUUUUUUUUAAAUUGAAUGACAGAAUUUUAUAAGUUUAGAGUACUAUUAUAUCAUUUGCACCAGUGUGUAGAGAGAGAGGAAAGUCAUUCAAAAUAUUUUUAAUAAAUUUUCAUUAAUGUUUAGAAAAAAACAGAAAUUUGGAACAAUUUUUUCAUUGUUUAUAUGGGAUGUAACUUUGCAGUUGUAUAAUCAUUUAAAAAAAAUAAAGAAAAGUCUUCUAUAAUUGCUGGAAAAUUACCAAAAUAGUUAUACCCACUGUCAUUGUCUCUAUUAUUUAAAAGUUUUGGAGAGAGUUGAAAUCCUUAGUAGUUGUAUGUCUGUGUAUCAUGUAGAAGGUAUUGGUGUCAUGAGUGUUGUUUCAAGGGGAGAUGAUGAUUAAGUGUUUAUUUUUUUUCAAUUGCAUAUAAUUUAUUCAUCUCAGUAUCACAGUUUCAACUGCAUUAUUUGAAUUUAGAAUCAAAAGUCAUAUUUAUCAUAACGUAUGCAUGGUUUUAAAUUAUUUAUGUUGUUUACUGUGAAAUGUUGAACCCCUUGAGAAGAGGUGGUGAAUAUUUUCCUUUAGUGGUUCUAACGAAUUUAACAUUGUACCGUUAUGCAUUUUGUAAUAUAUUUUUGAAUUGUCAUUUAUGCUAUUCAGAUUUUUGCUGUUGAUGUAAAUGGCUUCUUACAUACAGGUUGUUAACUUUUUGGUUCUGAAAACAAAAUGUAAUUUGGUUUUAGGUUGAAUUUUAUCAAAAAUAUGUAAAUUAUUUCUGGAAAAAAAGUCCUUACAGCCACAUGACUACGCAAAAGCAAAGGAUUAUUGAAUUAAUUUAUCUAUAUUAUUAUUUUUUAAUUUUCAAUGACGUAAUACAAAAAUUGCGAAAUUAAGUCAAAAUUGAUGAACAAAUUGCUUGAGUUCCCUAAAUAUGACAAACAUGCUUUUUAACACUGAAACUCAAAUGUUUGUAUUGGUUAUGUUUAGAGUUACUGGAGUGGGGUUUCAUUUAAAACUAGAUAAAUUAAACAACAAAAUUAUUGUACAUUUGACAUUUGAGCCAUCAACAGAUUUCUUUCUUGUACAUUAUAGCAAUCCAAAAGUUUUAUUUUUAUUUGAUAUUAGAGCUAUUGAAAUUAUACCAUACCAUUAAAAAUCUUUCAACAGUUUUCACAAUGACAAUAGAUAGAUAAAAUUAAAUUUUUAAAUUAAAUUAGAUUUAAUCAUAUUAAUAGUAUAACUUUUAGAAAAAAUACAUUUUAAAGGCAGCAAAAAUAUUCCCAUGUUUUGAAUUUACUUAAUUUAUAAUUUCCAUAUCAUUAAACUGAAGCUUAAGCAUGACUAGUCUAAUAUUUAUCUGGAAAAAGAGAUGUCCGUCAUAAUAAAAGUUUUGUCCACAAUACAAGUGUAUUUACUUGUAGACAUGUUCUAAUCUUAUAACACUUAACUUCUUCAACACCUAUGUUAUGUAGUAGUAUGUUGAGCAAACAAUAUAUUAUUUUAAAAUUAAGGAGUAAUUUUUUUAAACAUUCCAAGUCCCAUGAAUAAAUUAUAACUGAAUAAUGUAUAUUCCGAUGUUUUUUGUAUGACUAUGUGGAAAAAAUGAUUACUCUGGAUCAUUUUAAUGUGCUUUAUGUAAUAAAUUAUUACUUUGUUUAAGUAUGUAGGGAACCAUGACACUUUUUUUCUUUAGAGUACAUUAUGUAGUUAACAAGUAACUAAGUGUAUUAAAAUUAUUAUAAUGUGUGGGAAUAACAAAAAAUGUUCUGAAUAAUUAAUGCAUUUUGAGAUAAGUACUUCAUGAUGAAAUUUGAAGGAAAAUUUCUUCAGAUUGAUGUACAGAAACUUGUACUUUUAAUAUUUUGGCAUACACUUUUAGGCUUUUCUUGUUAAAAUAAGAAUUUUAUGGUCAUCACUGUUAAUUUUAUUUACUUUAAGAUAAAUGUGAAAAUAGUCAUCAUUUAGUAAUAAUGUUUUAAUUUUUUCAGUUUUUCAACUUGAUUCUUGUAAAAAUAAUAAAUGCAGUCAGUUAUGCAAUUUUGUUUGGCAGGGAUUUUAAAAAGUAUUGGAUAUGUUAUCUGGUUGGCUGUUUUCAAGUCUUUUUUUCUUAAAUUGGUAAAAUAAAUUCUGUUUUAAAAGAGCUUAUAUUCUCUGUUACUUUGCAUGAUUUGUUUCUCAUCAAAGAAAUGACAAUUCCAUAUAUAUCAUAAUGACAUUAGUUUGUUUUGUAUGACUUAUGGUCAUAAAUAAUGAGGUUUUUAGAGCAAGUGAAUUAACAAAUUAUACGUAGUAUGAUAUGUAUUGAUAAUAAUUAUGGGUAUAUUUUAAAGUUUUUUUCUUGAUCUUAAAAUAAUACGUUAGAUUAGAAUGGCGUAGAUUAAAAUAAGUACAAACAUAGGUUAUAUUUAUAUAUUUAUUGAUGAGACAUAGUAAUUUGUGUAAGCAAUUAGGAGUUCUGGAUACAGAUUUGGGCUCAGUCUGUCUAGUUUAAAUGUACUAUACUAUGGACUCACUGGGACUCACAUUUUCAAAAAGUAAUGAGUCCCAGCUCACCCCAAAAUUUCCUAGUGAAAACCCUGUGUUUAUUUAGAGAGAUGAUUUGAUUUAAGUUUUAUUUCAGGUACCAAUUGUGGUAAAAGGAUAUCUGUAUUUAAUGCUAUACAAAACCAGGUGAAGUUAGUUGUCCAGAAUUUCAUGUAAAUUGCAUUUUAACUGUUAUAACUGUUUGAAGAUCCAUUACUUAAGUAGUCUAAUAUAUGAAUUUCUAUACUUGAGCAGAGCUAUGUAGAACUUUACCUGCAUGCAAGGCACAACUACAUUUUGAUUAUUUUUUCCCCUAUUUUAUUAUACAGUUGUGUAUUAAAACCAGUAAAAGCAAACUCAACCAAAAAAUUUAGAAUGUGUAGAUUCAUGCAAAUCUAUGUUAAUACUAAAGAAAUAUUUUUUUGUUUCUGUUUUAUAUUAGAAAUUAUAAUUAUUUAGUGAUGGUUUAUUUAUUGAACUAUUCUUAUGUAACAUGUAUAAAGUUCAUUUCAUUUAAUGAUUCAAAUUAAAUAUUUAUUAAUGCUACAACCAUCUAUGUUUAAUAAUAGGUAGAACAGAUCUGAAUAAAAAGAAAUGAAAUAUAUCAAAUCAUACGGAUCAUAUAUCAUUACUGCUUAAGAAUGGAGUUUUAAAGUUUUGCAUAUAAAAAUGACUGGAUCACAAUCAGUUUAGGCUUUCCAUGUUGAUUUUUUUUCUUGUUGAUGUUGUUAUUUUGGACUUUUUUUGUCUUAAAAGUCUAUUAAAAUUUGUACUUUACUUUAUUUUUUCUAAAUGUAUGUUUAUAUUUCUGCACUUUUCAACAUAAAUACUUUAAAUUGUU